AUGGAAUCGAUUUCGAAUGUUUUGAUGAACAGUAGUGUUGUGACCUCGCUUUCUGACUCGGAGUUGGCUGCGAUCGAGCUGUUUAAAGGAUACCCCGAUGGAUUGCUGAAGUUUGCUACAGCAUGCUGCGUGAUCUUCAUGCUGAUCGGCAUCCCUGGGAACAUUAUCACCAUCGUCGCACUGGCUCGCUACGAAAAAGUCAGGAACGCGACUGCAAUAUUUAUAAUGAAUCUGUCUUGCUCAGACUUGUUGUUCUGUUGCUUCAACUUGCCACUGGCUGGUCUGACGUUUCACAAGCGCUCCUGGGCCCACGGACAGUUGCUCUGCCGACUGUUCCCGCUCACUAGAUACGCUCUCGUCGGCUGCUCACUCUUCACCGUUCUUGCUAUCACCGUGAACAGAUAUGUCAUGAUCGCCCAUCCAAAAUUGUACCCCAAGUUAUACAAAACACGAAACAUAUCAAUAAUGCUGAUUCUGAUAUGGGCAGCGUCGAUCGGAGUAGUGAUACCAACGUGGUUUGGCAAAUGGGGCGUGUUUGGAUUAGACACAAGCAUUGGAUCGUGUUCAAUACUCAGAGAUCAAAGAGGAGGUUCGCCUAAAAUAACCCUAUUCUUAACCGCGUUUAUACUGCCAUGUAUAGCUAUAAUACUUUGCUAUGCACGAAUAUUCUUUAUAGUUCGCAAAGCGACGAAGAAAUCACUGAACAAUGUCAAAAAGGCCCCACCACCAGAAGAAUCGUCUUCAACGUCGACAGCGUCCGCGCGUAUUACAUCUGAUAACAGUAGCUUUAUAGAGCAAAUAAAAAAUGCUCAAGUAUCAAGGAAUGGCGCUUCUUUGCCGCGGGUUACUACAUUUUCAAUAGAAACAAGGGACGAAAUCAUUCGACACCCAGAUGACAUACAAAACGAACCAGUCAGACUGCGGAGAUCUGCCUUACGGAAAUCUAUGGCACUUCUCAAGAUUACGCUACCCACUAGAAAAGACAGGAGACUAGGGACAAUGAUCAUUGCCAUAAUGAUUUCCUUUUGUUUAUGCCAUUUACCGAUCACAAUUACAAAGGUAUUAAGAGAAUUAGGUUCUUACCCAGCGUCCAAUAUUGCUUCGUACAUCCUAUUAUAUAUAUCGUCUAGUAUAAAUCCUGUAAUUUAUGUUUUGAUGUCAAGUGAAUAUCGGAAAGCUUACAAAAAUCUGUUUAGGAGAUGUAAUAAGGCGAAAAAUAAUAAAAUUUCAAUUAGAAAUAAUAGAUAGUAUUAAGAAAUACUGAUAUUAUAGCGUAAUAGUUAGGCGUGUGUAAACGCACGCGGUUGAAACAUGUUUCUAAUUUUAAUACUCAUGUUAAUGUUUAGCUUUACUCGAAUGUGCAUUUGCUGCUAUUGUUACGGAAGUGUGAAUGUGGACUGUUUUGUAAAUAUUGUUAGAAAUUAGACUGGUAUUAGUAUAUAGUAUUAGUAGGUACAUGCACGUACUAAACUACCAACAUCCCGUUUAGGAAUUCGAUACUCAGAUGGUUUGGGUUUUUAGUUAUAGAUGUAUACUAACAGGCUUUUGACAAGCGCGCUUGUGUGUAAGACUAAAGGAACGUAGCCCGUGCUAUAGACUUGAGUUUUAACUCCAAGUUAGGUUUAAUCGUACGUGUGUAAUGUCUGUCAGUUUUUACUGUACAUUUUUUUCUAAUGAGUUUUAUUGAAGUAUCGAUUACAUAAAACUGUACAAUAAAAACUGCACAGUAAAAUUGAACAUCUGUAGCGCGGGUUGGGAAAGCUAGGUUAGAUAAAUUAUCGCAAUUUUGGUUACCUACGGUUCGUUGAUAAACGAGUUUUAAUGCCUGACGCUUCCUUCUGUAUCACAAUAUUUUUAACAAUGUGUUUGCAAUUUAACAGUGCAUUACUAAUAUACUAACGAUACAUAAGUUUACACACAUAGAACGUUUGUGCUCUUGCACUACUUUUAACAAAGCCAACCUCAGACCAAUUACCUUUGAACUUGUAUCGCCAACAAAAUUGUCUGUCAUUUUUUGAAACGGACGAGGUAAUCUCACACAUCGAAAAUAUUUAACACUAAUAAAUAUAUUCUGUGUUCUUACACAAGACACCACUAUAAAUUUGAAUCGUAAUAUACACGUGUAAUUUUAACACAAUGACACAUCGAUUCUAUAGACCCAUUUUGUAUUAACUCGUUAGAUCGUGAUCAUAUACUUUUGACAGAGGGGUAACGUCUAGCGAAGCAGGUCCUAUUAAGUAUUAAUUAUUAGUAAUUGGUCUAAGAAGCUGAAUAGGUCAUUCGAUGUACGGUACUACCACUAAAUGAAUCUGUUCAGACUGGAGGGCUAUUCAGUAACGUUAUUUUAUAUAACUCGCAAGUGCGAGUUUCGAAUUCACCUCUGUCUCUCUCCGUCUAACACAGUACUAUAGAAAGUGAGCGUUAGAUACGAGUUCGAAGCUCACACUGUCGAAGUGAUAAAGACAUAGUUACAGAAUAGCCUCUCUGUUCACUGUUUUAUUGUAAUCCUCCAAUGUGGUGACGUAUUUAACAUGCCUAUAGUUUGUGUUUUCAGAAAAAUGUUUAUUUUAUACUUAUACUAGUGGACGCCCGCAACUUCGUUCCCGUAAAUUCUGUUUUAUUAAUCCGUGGAUUAUUACGAGAAAAAAUCUAUGUUCUGCUCCAAGGUGCACUUUAUCUCUAUAACAAAUUUUGUUCAAAUCGGUUCAGCGGUGAAAAGGAGACACACAAGGAGGACAGACAGACUUACUUUGGCAUUUAUAAUAUUAGUAAAGAUUCAUAUUUAAUGUACAGAACUUUUACAAAAACGAAAUACGAUUACAAUAUUACGAAAAUUUCAUACUUAAAUUGAUUUUAAGCCAAAAUAAUCCGUACUAAAAUUAUACCUAAAGAGGUAAAGUUUGUGGUGUUAAAGGAAAUCUCCGGAUCUUCUAAAUCGAUUAUGAAAAUUCUUUUACCACUAGAAAGCCACGUCAUUUGUGAGUAUCAUAGGCGAUAUCCUCAUAUUCUCACGGGAUCAGCAACCAAGCGGUUGAAACUAUUAAAGUAUAACAUAUAUGUACGUCGUGUAAUUUCGUUGUAGGUAUAUCGAAAACUCACAUAAAUAAUAAAAAAAAAUACCUAGGUCUGACUGAAUGUUCUCAACGUAUCUAGUUGAUUAUAUUGUUAUUCGUCGAAGUAAUUAAAUUAACUUCAUAAUAAUAUUUGAUUUUAGAGUAAAAAUAUAUAUUGUACACAAAUGUAGGUAUUUAAGAAUUAUUUUAUCGUAUACAAAUUACUAUUCAUACAGUGAUUUUCCAAGUAUUAACAUCAACUUUAUUGAGUAAAGAACAUAAAUAUAGGCUUGUAAAAUAAAUAUUAUUAAUUAUUCCCUCAGAUCCGUAUCUAUAUAAUUAAAAAAUAACAGUAAAUACUCGUAAUAAUUACUUUCACAUUCCGCUAAUUUUAAUUAAUGUUUUAUUUGCAAGACAUCAAAAAUUAAUAUUUAAAAUAACAAGCUUUCAAAUAAGUGCUCUAACUUGUAUCUACUUAGUAUUAGAGUAUUUGCUAAGAGAGAUGGUAAACAACAACUAGACAAACCAGGUGAGUUCGUCUUGUUUGUUCCACCUUCCGACACCAUUCAAAGGAGGUCGGCCACUUUCAGACAAGCCGUGACUAUCAGGGUUAUUAUGUAUCUCGGUGUACCAUUCAAAUAAUGAGUCACUACAUCGUUUUUCAUCAUAUUUACGUUUAUGCAAUCAUCUAACAUUGUAUUUUCAACGAAAUGACAGAAGUAUCUUCAUUUACGUAAAGUGGCAGUAACCUAUAAGUGGUAGCAGCAAGUAGAAACAUUAUUUCAACGAAAAACCGUUAUUUACGUAAUUACGUUGAAAUUAUCAUAUUUCAAAGCACUGUCACUUUAUGUAAAAUAACGUAAUCAAGAAAUUCGUUGAAAUUACUAUGUUAGAUGAUCACAGUUACGAAAAUAAGAUGAAAAAAACGUUGUACUGACUUAUUAUAUGAAUGGUACAGCGAGUUACAUAAUAACCCUGCUAACCAUAAAAUGCUAUGACCACAAAUUUUCAUUAAAAAUGAAAAUUUAUUUGAUGGAAUGUGCCCAAAACGUAGUCGACGUGCUGUUUUAAUCAAAAAUCUUUUUAAUUUACCUGAUUGAAACCAAAGAACUGUAGAUGGCUGACUCUGUAUUUUUCGAUACCAAUUACCUUUAAAAAGUAUUUAUGUGUUGGUCUAUCAUUUAACACCUAUAAAUAAAUAUAUACAGUGUGAUGUGUGUAUAUAAAUUAGAGAAUGUCUUAUAAUAUAAGAUAGUAUGUAGAUAAUAAUUAUAAGGUGUUUAUUAUGUUGAGCAAUAUUUGGCAAAUAGAUUAAUAAUAAAAUAUAUUAAUGAAGCAAUUAAAUUGUAUAAUGUUAUUGUGAAAUGGUCUUAAGUGUUAGGUUUGAGUCUUGUCAAUAAGUUUUGAUAUGAUGUCAUUUUUAUAAAAUAAUAUUACAGUAUAGUGAAUGUGUAGUUAUUUUGCAAAAAUUCAAUGUUUUUUUUCUUGUGCAAAAUUUUCAUUAUAUAAUUUUUUAUUAACAGUACAGUUCUCUAUUAUAACAAAUAAUUUAUUGGUCUGUAUUUAAAAUAAAAUUAUAAAAUAUUGAUGAUUAUUCAUAAUUACAUUUGAUUACUCAGCUUUAUUGAUAAAAGUGACAUACAAAAUGUUUGCAGUAUAAAUAUAUUCAUUUAAAAAACUAAUGUUAAAACAAUAAUAAUUUACUUGAAAGCUCAAAUGGUACUUAUUGAGUAUGUAAAAACUUUCAUGUAAUUAAAGAUAAUUAACAUUAUAAUAAUUUUAUAUAGUCAACCACUGUAUAUUAUGUAAAAGACGGUUUUCUAAGUGUUUUGUAGAAUGUAGAAAAAUAAUUAUUAGUUAAAAUAUUUUUAUUAUUUUAAUAUUUAAAUAUUUUGUACAUUUAUUUAUUUUGUAAAUUUGUUUAAAUAUUUAUGUAUUAUAAAAAAAAAAGGUAUAUUUUUACUUAUUUGAAAUGUAGACGUUAUUAGAAGACACGUUUAUCGAAAUGAAAAAAAUGGAUUUUUUAUCGAAAUAAUAUGGGUCUGAAUGUAUUAUUAAAUACUUAAGUAAAACUGUUAGUUGUAAUAUUUUAUAAGUAUAUUUGAGAUAACAUAAAGGUAUAAUAUUAUAAAACAUUACUAUUACAUACGAGAAUUUUAAAAUAUAAAUUUACACUCAAGUUAUACGAUUAAAAAGCGUAAAUUGUAAAAUUUAAUAGGCGCGUUCUGGGCCGGGUCAGCUACUUCCCUUAGCAAUUUCUUGGUCACAUAAAAUGUUAUAAAACAACGCGUUAUUUAAUAGUAGUGUAAUUCAUUUUGCCAAAACUUAAGAUAGUGGAGAUUUACCUCGUUUUGAUGGAAAUAAAAUCCAUAAACGAUUAACACAAAAUCAGUGUCUAAAAAUAUUGCAACUAUAAUAAAUUCAGUUAUACGUAUAGGUAUAAUGUUCAUAAUUAUACUUAGUUAUGCAAAAUAUGUUGAUCACACUAAUAGAACAACCAAAUGAUGUUUUGAGGAACCUAACCCUACAACAGCUUAAAUGAAUCGAAAUAUAAAUUGCAUUGUCGUCAAUGAAACUUCAAACCAAAGCGGCUUUGCGCAAACAAAUCAUAACGCAUUCAUUAUCUGGCCCAUGCGCGUCAGUCAAUAAAACCUCAUUUAGAAUUUAGUAUUUUUUAAUCAAAAACGUUAUGAAUCCAUCAUGAUAUAAUAUUUCCAUCAUGAUAACAAUAUUAAUUGUUUUAACCUGUGUAAUCGUGGAUCAACGAAAAUUUCGAAAUUGUAUUAUUUAUUGUACUAAAAUAUACAAUGUGUAUUAUGUACGAUCCCUAAAUUGUGUAAUUAUGUAAUGUUUUUUACCAGUUAUGUUUACCAAAGAACCAAUUACCCUGGGGCCAUGGUACCCUAGCCAUUGAACUUACCAAAGAUAUAAUUAAAGUCAAAUUGACAUUCAAAAA